AUGGGUUCGUCCCCGCGACACUCAAAGCACCAUAUCUAUCAUUUUCCACUGUCUCCACCCAGCUCAGGCCCAGCCACUGCAGAUUCUUCGCCCCGUCUUUCUACCCUCGCCACCCAGGAUUCCCCAGUCGUCGACAAAUUAUUCUCUCCUACUGUUUCCUUUCGCCAUUCUCAUUCAUUGACUCCCGUUAGAUCCGCUCACCACUUCUCCGACAGCAAUGCCAUAGACCCAGACGGUUAUAAUACCGAACGCUCUCGCUCGCAUCACAAUCCAAGGAAGCGACCUCGAAGAACAAUGACACCGUCAAAGUCCACCCCCUCAAUCAACCCCUCUCUCGCUCAUUCACCCCCAAAAAGUUCUCGGUCGCUAUCACAAACUUCAGACAUCUCCAACACUUCGUCUUCGUCCUCCUCUUCAUCCCCCACCAGUCGAGAAGAAAGCCCCCUUCACCCCAUGUCUUUGGGAAUGGGACGAAAAGUUGCAGCGACAUUGCAACUUUUCAAGGAAACGACUGGCUCAGUUGAAGAGCAGAUUUCACCUGAGUUGUCGUCGAGGCCAGAAACUUCAUCGGGGAGCCGAAGAGCAGAACCCUUUCGAGACGUUGCGGAUGUCGCUGAAGCUCAAUUCGAGUUUGUUAAACGUUCGGAAUGGCCGGACCGAGAGACUGCCGCCGUCAGGCGUGACAGGAGCAUGACCACAUUGGAGCGGGCAAGGACGAGGGAAGGGGUCGAGCAUAGGGAAAAGGAGAGAAAAGCGUCGACGCAUGGCACAUCUGCGCUUGAUUUAGCUCAGUGGAGAAGGGAUGUAAUUACACUUGGAAGGGGAAGGCGUCUGGAGCGCGCAGUCGAUAAUGAAAGCUACCAUGAGAUCGACUCGAACACCCCCCAUCCUGGUUUUCACGAGGUGAUACCUCCUUUCAUUCGUCCUCGUCCACAUCCCUAUCCUCCUUCUCCCUCCCCGUCACGCUCUCCUACGAAACGCAUCCCGCCUUCGCCUUACCGUCAACGCGAGCUAGAGUCAAGUUCCCGUCUGUCGGCCUACACUCAACCGUCCCCACCAAUUCCACUAACCAUACAGACUGUCCCACCACUUUCCAAAUCGCCGACGCGUGUACGUCCCUUCCAUCAUCGAGAUAAACGCCGCUCUGUUCCAAUAUCUCCCUCAAUAUCUCCUUGGUCAACAGAUGAUGACUCUACAUGGGAGACCGCUUCGGUGGCGUCUGCAUCGGCCAACUCAUCCUACCUUCUCGAUCCUUAUGACUCCCAAGAUGAUGAGGAUCCUUUACCUCUACUCCACAAGUCUCAUGAUGAUUUCCAAGGUUUCCAGGACGCGUUCACCCUGUCAGCUGAUGAUGACGAGGCUCGCACCUCACACUCAGAUCAAUUAAAGGGGGCCCUUUCGGCAACUGGGUUAACUAUGUCUGAAGAACAUCUUCCUCAUAUUCCUUUACGCCCAUUUCGCAAUCAGGUGGGUGGACAUAGCGCCAUCUAUAAAUUCACCAAACAAGCGGUCUGCAAGCCUCUAGUUUCACGAGAAAAUCUAUUUUACGAGGCUGUCGAGCGCGAAGCCCCUCCUUUGCUUGCCUUUAUUCCCCGUUAUCUUGGUGUCAUGUUGGUAAGUUACCGACGAGUUCCAAAACCAAGUUCACAUACAUCCCCGACCUUCUGUCCAUCCCUUUCUCAUGCAAUGGAUACUGUCAAGUCCAACAGUCGCACAGCCGUAUCCAGGUCACCCGUACAUGGCAAACUGUCGGAGGAACAUCAAAAUGAAGGGACUGACAUGGACGAGUCUGAAAUGCCAGAAGUGGUUCUUGACCGCAAUCGCCACAUCGUGCCAGAAUGGAUGUUGCGUGGCAGUGGCCGCAACCGCUCAUUUUCCUACUCCAAUCUUCAUGGACCCUCAAUGAUGGCACAGCGGCACCUUCAACGCGAUCAGCUGCACAGAGGAACAGCAUCCAGCCCAGACCUUCCAUCAACUCCUUAUGCGAGUCGACGCUCACGGCAAAGCCCUUUGGCAAGCGACCCCUCGUUGGCCGUAUCCGAUAUGGAUGCCCCGACACCAGUCAACUCCCCAAGCCAAACAACUCAUCAUUUCGCUCCAACUUCAGUAGAGCACACGAACAAGGGCCACUGUUCUAUGGCGGCUGCAUUUGACGAAGAAGAAGGUUUUAGCCGUCCUUUCUUCCGUCCUUUCAAUUCAGAGAGACGGUUGCCUGUUUCACCGCAGUUCGGAGGCACUGGGUCGACGAUGGUGAAUACAAGGCUAAAGGAUCAUGUUUUCAAUACCGUUCUCCGAAGGCUGCGGAAGCGUUUAGGUCACCGUUCUGCAGGAUCAAUGCCGGCGUUAGACGACGGGAAUGUGGCCGAUGAGGAGCUAGACGGUUCAGAUGAGCACAAUGAGGCCCAUCUUCAAACUCAGAAGAGAUCCCUUUGCCAAAUAAAUCGCGUGACCCGGCCUCACUCAGGUACUUGUGAUACCACGAUCCGUCGCGUUCACAGUGAUUCGACACUUAGGAAUCCUGAGAAACACAAUUACAUUUACUCAAGUCAUAAUAACCAUGAUGAUGCCAAGGAUAUUGGAAUCUUUCAGAUGGAUUUCGAUGUGGAAUCCAAUGCAGUCAACGAACGCAUUCCUCCCUCCAUCAGGCGGAGAAGCCGUUCACGUUCUGUUGGUUCCUGUCCAUCUUCUCAAGUUCCCCUUCAGCCGUCGUUCCCAGAAGACCCGUCCAUACCUAAACCUGGAACCUUCGAUCACCCGUCAAAAUCGAGUGAGUUGGAACCUUCGAUCACCCGUCAAAAUCACUUCAUCUUGAUGGAAGAUCUUACGGGGAGGUUAAAACGACCUUGUGUGGUGGAUUUGAAAAUGGGGACGCGUCAGUAUGGGAUGGAUGCCACACCUGCGAAGAAGAAGAGUCAGCGGAAGAAGUGCGAUCGCACGACAAGUAGACCUCUGGGCGUGCGCGUUUGUGGUAUGCAAGUUUGGAAUCAUGUCGCGCAGUCAUAUACAACUCAAGACAAAUACAGUGGUCGAGAAAUUCGUCCGGAAGAGUUUCACUCUGUCCUGGAAUCGUUCCUCUUUGACGGUCAACGUUUAUUAGCUUACCAAAUUCCGAUUCUGCUUCAGAAAUUGUAUGCUUUGGCUGGCAUCAUCAACAGGUUGAAAGGGUACAGAUUUUACGGUUGCAGCCUUCUUUUGAUAUACGAUGGAGAUCGGGAAUCGCAGGAGGCAUUCCGUUCCUCAGUGCUUGAGCACCCAUCAUCGCGCAGCAAGCGUGGAGAAUCCCUAGAACGUCGUUCCAAAUCACAACCACAGCCCGAAAAACCUUCGCUGAGGCGUUCUCAUAGUGAAGACCUUCUUGACGGACCUGUUGCAAAGCGUUCAAGUGGCCGCCGGAAACGUGGUGAAAUAAACGUCCGUCUCGUUGACUUUGCGCACACGACAACCGGAAGGGAUUGGCUCCACUAUCCGAAUUCAAGUGAGCGGAAAAGCUCUGGCGAGGUGCUUACAAACUCUACAGGCUAUCAGGCAGACAUCGAUCCACAGACCGGUUUGAUCUAUGCCCGAUUUCCACCCCACUAUCCUGAGCACCCGGAUCGAGGAUUUCUCUUUGGCUUAAAGAAUCUGACCUCAGCUUUGGAAGGCAUCUGGAACGAGGAGCGCAUUCAGAGGAUCAAGGCUGCCAGGGAUAAUCCAUCUGUGGAACAUUUCCAAUUGCCACCACUUGCUAAUGACGGGAAAGAGAUCUUUGAUGAAAUUUUCGGUGGGGAAGAGGACUCCGGGAUGAUUUCGACCUAA